AUGGCGGGCGGGCGCGGGGGGCGGCGGGGGCCGGGGGCGCUGGCGGAGCCGCGGCGGCUGAUGCGCGGCGGGCUGGGGCUUAUCGUGCUGGGCCACGGCAGCCUGGUCCUGGGCGCCAUCGUGCACGGCUCGGUCCUGCGGCACGUGGCCGGCACCCGCCGCGCCGUCACCCCCGAGUACGCGGUGGCCAACGUGGUGUCCGUGGGCGCCGGGCUGCUGAGCAUCGCCGUGGGCAUCGUCGCCAUCCUGGUGUCGCACAACCUGUCCCGGGCAGCCCUGCAUUGGACCCUACUGAGCAUGUCCCUGUUGAACUGCCUCCUGUCCACAGCGUGCAGCGUGGGCCUGGCACUGGCCAUUGCCCUCACCAUUCACAGCCACGGCAUGCAGCUUGUCAGGGGCUGCAACAGCUCUGCGCUGCCUGCUGACGCCCGUGCAGCCAUAGCGACCAACGACUGUCCUUUCAACACCACACGCAUCUAUGACACAGCCCUGGCGCUCUGGUUCCCCUCCAUGGUGCUGGUGGCCGCAGAAGCUGUGCUGUCUGGCAGGUGCUGUCUGGUGGCCCUGAUCCUCCGGGGCAUUGGGCCCUGUGCACGCAGCUAUGGCAAAGAGCAGCUGGCUGGGCCGAGUACAGUGAAGGAGGGGCCACCACGUGAGAUGCAGCAACUCCUGGCGGGCCUGGCUGAGUCUCGUGCCUAGCUGGAGAGGUGGUGCUGCAGGAGUGCUGUGAUCCAGCGAGGUGAAGUUGCGCCUGCACUGUGCUCCUGCCCCCGGUGUAGGCGUGGGUAGGGUGGGCUGUAGGGGGGAGGGGUGUGCCUUUCCCUCCCAGCCCCACCACCCCACCUGGGACAAACUCUGCAGGUUCCAGACACAAGCUGCCCAGGGGCACCAGGCAGCCUUUGCCCAGCAGGUGCCAUGGGCCCCGGAUGCUCUCCCCUUCUCUCCCCAAGCUGCAGGGCCCUUCCUGCCACGCUGAAGGCUCCAUCGGUCUUUUACAGGCAGUGAUGGGGGCAGCCAGAGGCGUUGGCGCCUGGCGACAGCCAGGGCUGGCCUGGGUCCUGGUGGCCCUGCUGCAGAGCAGGCAGGGUCAGCUUGCUGUGCCUGUGCUCAGGCAGGCCAAGGAAUGGAAGGUGAAGAAUCCCUUUGUUGUGAGCCUCUGUUGUUUCCCCGAGUGAAUAAACUUUUCCUUUUCACACUG